AUGCCUGGCCUUGCCGCGGCCGGCUUCGAGAUCGAAUUCGUCUUCACUGCCGCUCCGAGUCACAGCCGGGCGCGGGAGCAGAGCGACGACGACGGUGAGGGGCUUGUCGUCGUCCCAGAUGAGGCCGAGGAAGCACUAGACGUCAAUGUCUCGCUCGACGAGGCGGAGGAGGAUGUACUCGAACUCGUUCCGCUGCUUGUCACAGCGCUUGUCGAUGUUGCUGUCGAGGAUGUAGUACCGGGCUGUGACCCUGGUGCUACUGAAGUCGUUGUGGUCGACGUCCCAGCAGAAGUGGCGGAUGCAGACAUGUUAGUCGCGGUUGUUAACACAGUCGCGGUCGACGUUGCGUUUGAGGUCGUCGCAGUGCUGUUCCCGGACCCACUCGUCGACGGCGAGACGCUUCCAGACGGAGGUGCUAGAUCGUACGAGUUCAGCCACUUGUCAUACCACUUUCCUUCAACCUAA